UAAGUUUAAUUAUUUUAUGAUAUAUUUAAUGUUUCUCAAAUAUAACUAUUUUAUUUAAAAAAAACAGCUGGCUUCACAGGGUAUGGUUUUGAAUAAUGGCGCGUUAAUAACGCAUUCUGUGAAACAAAAUGGCCGCCACCCAAUCAGCUGGCAUCGUCUGCUAGGAUGACGGGUUGGAAUUUUGGUUAAUCGGUUUAUUCGGAAAAGAAGUUUCUUUAAAGACACGUAUUAAAUGAUAAGUUCAGCCCGUAACAGGAAAUCGGAGACUCUCAAGGAGGCGGAUCCAAUGGCGCAGGAAUGAUACCUGAAUAUCCGAUGUUGAAGGAACUUGUGGAGCGCAAAACAGAUCGCGUGCGUCAUUGACAGGUGUUUUAGGAAUGUGACAAAUCAGACAGGGUGUCCCUUGUUAGAUUUUCCAACAUCAAUCUCGAGUGGCUCAAAGCUGCCGAUCAGAAGAUUCGGCUGUAAUGAGCGACUCGGAACAACGGCAACUGCACGUGCCUUAUCGAGAGUACCAUAGCCAGAAUAGUACGAACCCUACCACCCUGGUGGAAACCGAUGCUCUGGUGGAUCUGUCUGUGACGAAUAAUUCCCAUUUACCUACUACGGAUCAACCACUGGAAGCGUUGCCGGACGUUCAGUUUGUUCCAAAUACAAGUAACGAGCAAACGAUAACCAUUGAUUCCCCCGGAGCUGACCGGGAGAGCCAGCCUCUCCUCGGUAGACUGGAGUUAGAUGUUACUUUGAACCGUUUCCCUGAUGAUCCUCAGUUUUUUGAACUGGUAUGGCAAGCUGAAACGGCGAUAGAUAAUGGAAUAUUCCCCGAGAGAAUUUACCAAGGUUCCAGUGGUAGCUACUUUGUAAAGAAUCCAGAGGGGAAAAUCAUAGGUGUCUUUAAACCGAAAGAUGAAGAACCUUAUGGUCGGUUAAACCCAAAGUGGACCAAAUGGAUGCAUAAACUCUGCUGUCCAUGUUGUUUUGGAAGAAGUUGUUUAAUUCCAAACCAAGGGUACCUUAGUGAAGCUGGCGCAAGCUUGGUCGAUCGCAAACUUGGCCUUGGUGUUGUACCGAAUACAAGAGUAGUAAAGCUGGUUAGCAAAACUUUCAAUUACCCACGCAUCGAUCGGCAGAAGACUCGUAUGAAACAGGCCAUUAUGGAUCAGUUCCCUAUAGUCGGCUCUCAUUUUAACCGCAUUGGUUUACCUCCAAAAGUUGGCUCUUUUCAAGUAUUUGUCGAUGGCUACAAGGACGCAGAUUAUUGGUUAAGGAGAUGGGAAAGUGAACCGUUGCCCCCACGUUUAGCACGGCAAUUUCAACUUCAAUUUGAACGUCUUGUUAUACUGGAUUAUAUUAUCAGAAAUACUGAUCGAGGUAAUGAUAAUUGGUUGAUUAAGUACGAGGGCGGCGUAGGAAAAAGUGGAUCUGAUGCUGGUGAGGUAAAAAUUGCGGCGAUAGAUAACGGUUUGGCAUUUCCAUUCAAGCAUCCUGACUCCUGGCGUGCGUAUCCUUAUCACUGGGCAUGGCUUAGUCAAGCGAAGCAACCGUUUAGCGAAGCGACUCGAGAGCUAGUCCUGCCGCAACUCUCGGAUCAAAACUUUGUCCAAGAUCUUUGCGACGAUCUGUAUCAAUUGUUUAAACAAGACAAGGGAUUCGACCGGCAUCAUUUCGAUAAACAGAUGAGCGUAAUGAGAGGCCAAAUCUUGAACCUUCAACAAGCAUUGAAAGAUUCCAAAAGUCCUGUACAACUUGUUCAAAUGCCUGCUGUUAUAGUCGAGAAGGCGAAAGGGAACGGAACGCCAAAACUCUUUUCCUUUUCCGACACAUUCACUCAGCGCUUCCAAAAUAAAAGUCCUUUCUUUUCCUGGUGUUAAAUGGCCAGACACGAAGCGGAAGAACGCUAACAGUCAACGAUGGAACUACAUCACGAAUCGUAGAUCCGCGCCCCGCCCGUUCUACCGAUUACCGGAUACUCUGUUUCUUACUUCCUGUCUUGUACUAAACUCCUUCCCCGUUAGUUCUUUUCUAUACCGUCAUCCCUUCAGGGCGGCAGGAUCGUCGUCUUCCAAAUCCGGCAGUCAUAAUUUAAUGUAAAUUCUGAAAUAAUUUCGAUUAACCGAUAAGAUUGCACUUGUCAUCCCAUGUUAGAAAGUAUUAAUUGCAUGAGUUUAAAGGUAUUAUUAAAGGAAGGAAGAAAGAAAAGAAAACACGUGCAUGAUCGCGGAAGCAUUCCAUUUACAUAUUACUGGAGGGAAGCAGUUUACCUUUCUCGAAGACAGCCAGAUUUGGAAAACGACGACUCGCGUAUCAAUCGUGUUUAUAUUAGUCAACGCUAUAUUUAAGAAGUAUCAUUUUAAUUGGGAUAUAAAUAUUAUUCAUAUUAUUAUAUUGUAUACAGUAAAUAUAACACGUUAAAACCA